AUGAGUAGCCGCUCUAAAAGAAGACGCAUAGCAGAAGAGGUAGAAUAUAGUAAGAGAUCAUUACCACAACCGAAAAAUAAUACAAUUUUUCCGACAUCAAAUAUUAAUAUAUUGGUUGAAAAUCCAGUCACUGAGUUUGAUAAUAAUGUAGCAAUGACAUCAACUGAUAAUACACAAGCUGAAAAAUCUAUACAAAAUGUAAUGUUUCCUAACAAUUGUCUAUCAGAUUCAGUCCAAAUUCUAAAUAAUCCAUUUAUAGAUCCAGAAAAUUCACAUGUAAUGUAUUCACCAACAAUAGAAGAAAGUUUUCUCUCAUUUAAUGAAACUUCACAAUGUGAUGAAAUAUUUAAUACUAGAUUAAACUUAAGAAAAUGGGCUGUAGAUUAUAAUAUACCUCAACAUGCUGUAAAUGGGUUACUAUCUAUGUUAAAACAACAUAAAUGUUUUAAAUCAUUACCAAAAGACUCUAGGACUUUGAUGCAAAACAUAACAAAAAAUACAUCAAAUUAUUAUUCAAUUAAUCCAGGUCUAUAUUAUCAUUUUGGUGUAGAAAAUGGGAUCAAACUAAAUAUAGAUAGAUCUUUAGAUAGUUAUAACGUUGAACUUGUUAUUGGUAUAGAUGGACUACCUUUAUUCAAAAGUAGUUCUGACCAAUUUUGGCCCAUAUUAGCGUACAUUCAUUCGAACGGUUCUGUAUUCCCAAUAGGAAUCUACUAUGGCAAAGAAAAGCCAUCUGAUAGUAAUCUUUUUUUGUCUUAUUUUAUUGAUGAACUUCAGUUGUUAGUUCAAAAUGGGAUUGAAAUUGACAAAAAAGUAUAUGGUGUACGUGUACGUGUGUUUUGCUGCGACGCACCGGCAAAGUCUUAUAUUUUAAAAAUUAAAGGUCACUCUGGCUUUCAUUCUUGUUCAAGAUGUGAACAAGAGGGUGAGUAUUUACUUAAUCGUGUAUGCUUUCCAUAUUUGAAACCUGAAAGUCGCCCAUAUAAACGCACACACAGCAAUUAUUUAACAAAAUCAAGUGAAGACCAUCAUGUUGGGGACUUAUCAAUAGUAGCUUCAGUGCCCAAUUUUAAUGUCGUAAAUGAUUUUUCUUUGGAUUACUUACAUUUAGUAUGUUUGGGGACAGUUCGAAAACUGAUACACUUUUGGAUUAAAGGCCCAGUCAGAGUUCGAUAUCCAUCUUGGAAAAUCAACAAAAUAUCUGUACUACUCAAUAAAAUUAAAAUUAAUUGUCCAAGUGAAAUUGCUAGAAAACCUAGAGGAUUAGAUCAAGUAAAUCGAUGGAAAGGAACGGAGUUUCGCACUUUUUUGUUAUAUUUUGGUACUAUUGUUUCUAAAUCAGUUUUAUCUAAAGUUCACUGGAAUCAUUUUUUUCAUCUGAGUCUAUCAAUGAUUAUAUUGUUAAGUCCUGAAUAUAUUCAAUAUUUAGAUUUGGCUCGUCAAUUAUUGGAUAGUUUUGUUGAACAUUUUGAAAGUAUAUAUGGUCGUCACUUAAUAUCACAUAAUAUACAUGGACUUUUGCAUUUAUGUGAUGAUUAUGCCAAAUUUGGUCCAUUAGAUCAGUGUUCUACUUUUCCCUUUGAAAAUUAUAUGGGUGUUUUAAAAAAUAUGAUAAGAAAACCUCAUAAGCCAUUAGAGCAAAUAGUAAAUAGAUAUAAUGAGAAAACAAGUAUUCCAAAACACAUAGACAUCAAUCAAGAUAAAUUUCAUCUUUCUGGCCCCCAUUGCAAUGGACCAAAACUUGAAAGUACUACAAGAUAUUCUCAAUUUAAGGUUCUUAAAUCAAAAAAUGCCAUUGUUAAAUCACACAUCGAAGCUGAUUCCUAUCUACUUACAUCAAAUAAAAAAGUAGUCAAAGUUUUUAAUAUCAUUCAAACUGAACAUAAAGAUAUUUUACUAAUAUGUAAACAAUUCAAACAUUACAAAUUACUAUUUAAUAAACCAAUUAAGUCGUCAUUGUUAGAUCUAUGUUGUCAAUGA